AUGACGAAGAGCAACAUUCGCAAAUUACAAGGGUGGGCCCGAGUCCUUCUGAUGGAGGCUCUGUCCAUGGACGGUGGAAGGCCGGUGGAAGAGAUUCCUGGACUGGCGCGAGACGGGCGAGAGCAAAAUCAUUUGCCAAGAAAGUUUUCAUUAAUCCAGAACGAGAGUCGUCAACAGGAAGACCUGAUGACAAAGAACAGCACUCAGUUCGUGGCGGCGGCUGUUCGCUCUCAUUUCGAUAACUGUCCAGACUCCCAUCGCCACUUCUGUUUCCAUGGAACGUGUCGGUACCUGAUAUUGGAGGAGACACCUGCAUGCAUAUGCCAUCCAGGCUUUGUUGGGAUGAGAUGUGAGCAUGCGGACCUGCUGGCUGUUGUGGCCACCAAAAACCGUCAGCAAACAGUUGCCACCGUGCUGGUGUUGUGUGUGAUUGGAUGCGUUGUUAUCAUAGUGGUGUGCGCAUUGCUAAAGUAA